AUGAGCAAAACACAGUCACCAAGCAAUACACGAACACGUGGCACGAAAACGAAACUGCGUUCGUCCGAGAACAAAUUGACCUGGUACGAAGAACGUCAACGCCGACGACUUGCCCAACUCAUUCGUCACGAGUAUCAGGUGGAACGAUUGCGUGAUUUGCGUGCCAGUGAAGCGGCUGAUCGACGUAUUCGUGAGGAGGAACGGGAUCGUCGCCAUCAACUGGUUCGGGCCCGAAAUUACUAUCGCCAGUUUGUGCACGAAUUCAGAGCACGCAAGAUGGCUAAAAUGACCGAGGAAGAGACCGUGCGUAUUGUUCAUUUAAAGUAUCAUAGUAAUGUAUUUCGACGUUUCUUUGACAAUCUUUUGGCUCGAGAACGGGAAAAUUUGUUGGCACUACAACAAUUGGAACGGGAAGAAAAACAGAAAAUUGAACAGUUACGUGAACAGACGUUGUCCGGCUUGGAACAUUCACACCGGGUACGAAUGGAUCUAUUGAACGAAUCACUUCGACGUGAACGAGAAGAACAGAUUGCUCGAACGCGUCAGGAACAAAUAGAGUUGAACAAACAGAAACGGGAUUUGCGACGCCUACUGGAGGCAAACAUUCGCGAUAUGCAACAGAAUCUCUUGUCCAAUCACGAUACUGCCUAUUUUCGUCAGGCCGACGCGGACAAACUUUUGCGAACUGCACGAAAGUUUCUUGGUUGA